GUGUAAAUAGCCGGGGGGAAUUAGUACCCUCGCACGGCGCUUCGCGCCGUCGGCUCGGGGAUAAGGUAUCUAUGGGGUUACUAUUAAAAAUAGAAGGAAGGGACAUAGCGCCCAAAAUAGCCUUACAUACGGCGCUUCCAUACGACUUGCAUACGGCGCCUAAAACUAGAGAGCGCGGGCGCCAAUAUGGCUGCCGUUGUAAAUAAUCGCUUGAUCGUAAAUUUGAUAUUUUUAUCUUUGUUAUUGUGUUUUUUAAUGAUUGAAACGUCUGAAAAGGUUUAUAAGACCUCAGUUAUCUUAGAUCCUGAAGGAUUGAAAAAGGAUGGUUUAUUUUCAAGAUUAUGGGACCGUGUUUGUGUUCGGUGCUUUGUCGAUAUUCGCCGAACGAAAUAUUCAUCGAAAGGUAAAAUCUCUUUUGCGAUUACUAAAUCCGUUAAACAUGGAUCAAUCAGCCUGGCAUUAUCGUCAAAACUGUUUACAGUUGACCUAACUGUAUGUAUGGAUAUUUCUCCCAACCCUGGACCGGCUAGCCGAAAUACUUCCGUGACAGAAUUAUCUCACCAUUGUUUACACACGCCAUCAUCAAGCGUUGUCGCGCCAAGCAAGAUAAAAUACAGCCAAUGCUUUUUAAAGAGUCUUCGAUAUUCGUCGCAAACAAGGUACAUUAAUAGCCAUGUCUACUUUAUGAUUCGUCUUAUUGGUAUACUAAAGCCAUUCCGUGGUCGUCGUGGUGGGAAGAGCCUUCGUUUUCGCGAAUAUUUGAAUGAAUAUUUAAGUAAUCCUCAACGUCAACAGACAACAACCUCGUCGACAAAUCAACACAUUCAAACCACUAAAGAAUUUGUCCCCUCACUAGUCCUAACCAAUACAAUGUCUCUGGUUCCUAAAAUAGACGAAGUCAGGCAUUUCGUGCUUGAUAAAGAUCCCGAUCUGGUAUUUAUAACGGAAACAUGGCUGAAAGAUCAAAUUGACAGUAACCAAGUGGACAUUCCCGAAUACAAUAUGGCUUACAAGAAUCGGAAUACGAGUAGCCAUGGCGGUGUUUGUCUAUAUAUUAAAAACUCCAUUCAGUUCAACGUCCUGGCUGAGGUUCAAUCGCCCGAAUUUGAAGUUCUUUGGGUGAAAAUAAGACCAAAUAGACUUCCACGUGGUAUACCAUGCAUAAUUACUGCUACUAUUUAUCAUCCCCCAACUUCCAACGACAAAUUACUUCUAGAUUACUUGACUGUCUCGCUAGUAAAAUUGGAGAGCCAAUAUCCUGGUUGUGGCAUUAUUCUUGGUGGUGAUUUCAAUCAUCUAAACAUUAACCGUAUUUUAUAUCAGUUUAAAAUGAAGCAGCUUGUCAAGAUCAAUACCAGAGGCAAUAAUAUAUUGGACCUAAUCAUAACUAACAUUCCCCAAUAUUAUGAAAAGGAUAAUCUACAAUCUUUUCCCCCUUUCGGAUUGUCGGAUCACAAUGUCUUGUUGUUAACCCCAAAGGAUAGACCUACUUCUACCAACCGUAGAAAAACGAUUUUAAAGAGAAAUUUAAGUGUAGCUCGGAAAAAUGAACUUGGUCGAUAUUUGAGCUCAAUAAACUGGGACAUAAUAGAUUCAGGAAAAACCUGUGAAGAAAAAUUCUCUUUUCUAGAGGACAUUAUCAAAAUCGGAUUGGAUUUUAUUAUGCCAAUUGAUAAAGUGAAGGUUCAUCCUAAGAAUGCCCCCUGGGUCACACCUAAUUUUGUUUACUUAAUCAAAUGUAGACAAAAGGCUUUUAGAGACCAGGACAAUACCUCUUUCCGACAUUAUCGCAAUCUCGUAAACCAAGAGAGGAAAAAAUUACGGGGUAACUAUUUUUCCUGUAAAGUUGAGAAUCUUAAGAAUGCAAAGCCAUCUGCCUGGUGGAAGGAAUUGAAACAACUGUCUGGUAUGCAAACCCCUACACAAUCCGAGAAUUUGAUUUCUCAAUUACAUAUUGACAACAUCGAUAAAGAGAAUUUAUUGUAUAUUGCGAACAGAAUCAAUUCAGCGUUUGUGGAACCUAUGCAAGAAUAUCAACGUCUCCAAGACAACCCAUUUACCGACACAAUAAUUGGCCCUGACUAUGAGUUCACAAAUAUUACAGAAUUCUCAACAUAUAACAUCCUCAAAAAACUUAAUGCUCGGAAAGCUACUGGCCCCGAUGGAAUUUCCAACUGGAUCCUAAAAGAUUAUGCUGAAAUCCUUGCAAAACCUGUUUGCUCUGUCUUAAGUAGCUCAUAUAAGGAGCAGAGGUUACCAUCAUCGUGGAAAUAUGCAGAUGUCACUCCACUUCCGAAACAAAAGCCAAUUAUGGAUAUAAACAAACACUUGCGACCAAUUUCCUUAACAUCUUGCAUUUCUAAAGUUGGUGAAGAAUUUAUCGUUUCCAACUACAUAGCACCUGCAAUCCUGAAAAUCAUUGAUCCCAACCAAUAUGGUGCUAUUCCAAAAUCAUCAACCACCCAAGCCUUAAUCUCGAUGAUUCAUCAAUGGUCCAAAGCUACGGACAGUUCAGAGUCAUAUUAUAUGACUAUAGAAAGGCUUUUGAUCUUAUCGAUCAUAACAUUCUAAUCAAGAAAAUUAAUGAUUUACCAAUCCCCCGUAAAGUUGCUUGCUGGGUUGUAGACGUCCUAAUGAAUAGAUUCCAAAGGGUCAAAUUGUCUAAUGUUUAUUCAGACUGGGAAAGAGUACCAUCUGGAGUGCCUCAAGGCACAAAACUAGGCCCUUGGAUAUUCUUAUUAAUGAUAAAUGACCUCCGGUUAGAUGGCACAAAUACAUGGAAAUACGUCGACGACACCUCUACAUCAGAGAUUAUUCAAAAAGGCACGGAUAGUAAUAUCCAACUUAGUUCCUCUGAACUCCAGGAGUGGUCUUUACAAAAUAGAUUCCAAUUAAAUUCAAGCAAGUGCAAAGAAUUAAGAAUUGACUUCAAACGGGAAAAGCAGCAAUUUAAUCCUGUUAUGGUAAACGAUCAACCGGUUGAAGUGGUCAAACAUGCUAAACUACUGGGUCUUACUAUUUCCAGUUCUUUGAAAUGGAACAUGCACAUCGAGGAUACCAUAAAGAAAGCGAACAAACGUUUGUAUUGCUUAGUACAAUUGAAACGAGCAAAAGUCCCAGAAAAAGAAAUUGUGCAAUUUUACUGUACUUGUAUUAGGCCCGUAUUGGAAUAUGCAGCGCCAGUCUUCCAUCACUCUCUACCACAGUAUCUGGCAGAUGAUUUAGAACGUGUCCAGCAAAGAUCAUUGGGAAUUAUAUUUAAAUGCGAAAAGUAUAAUAAAUGCUUAGAGUAUUCUGGGCUAGAAACUUUAGUCAAUCGAAGGCAAAUGUUAUGUUUGAAGCUGUUUGAUUCGAUAACAUCAAACUCAGAUCACAAACUUUAUAAACUUUUACCCCCAAAGAAGAAGCAGACAUAUAAUCUGAGACACAAACGUUCCUUUAGUUCUCUUUUAGCACGUACUAAGCGUUUCAAGAACACUUUUAUACCACAUAUGUUAAAUAGUAAAUAAUGUCAUUUGCACCUUGUAUCCUGUCACCAAUUGUAAAUAUUUAUAUAACCUACACCAUUCUUGUACAUUUUACGUAAACAUCUACGCAAUUCAGCUUCAGCUGCAAAGUAGUUUUAAUAAAACAUCUAUCUAUCAUACUUUUUUCGACUUUAAAUGCAUUUCUUUCAAAUUUAAUCGAUAUCCCCGGCAAGAAUGAUAACAUACAACUCUCAAAACAACGAAACCUUAAUCAAAGAGCUUAAAUUCGCUUCAAAAUACUUAGCCUGCGUUGCCGGCGUUUUGGGGAGGAAACGCCUGCUGUAAAGGCCUAUCUGUUUUCGUUUCUACGGCCGCCGAGAAUUGUGAUUGGCUGAAUUUACGUUAACGACAGGUUGAUUGACAUGUUACGCUAAUUUAUUCAAAUAUUUAAAAAUAAAUACAGUAAAAACAAACGGCAUCGCUUGUAAACCUGUCGGCUAAAAUAUAAAAUUCAAAAGACCAAGUGUGAAAUGUAUAAUAGGCUAAAUGUAUAACAUAUACCGGUAUCUAAACAGAAUAAGGCAAGCCAUACUGCUAUUACUUCAUAUGUUGUAUGAUUUUACCGUAUGGUCACUAUAGUAUAGAGUAUAAAACCUUGGCUGUCCUUGCCUUGUAUAAAUUUUGCUGGCUGGCAAAUUUAAUACGAUUAUAUAAAAUGAUUCAUUCCCCAUUGUGUUUAAUACACCAUAAUAAUACGAAGCUCUCUUUGGAGCUUUUAAAAUACAUUGCAUGCCUGCCAACGUGUAUAACACAGGAAGGGGUCUAUUUAUUUUUCCUAAGUCAUUUAUUAUAUUUACUGCAAUAUUUAUAACUGUAGUACAGCCAUACAGGUGCAAAGCAUAAAUAAUAUAAUUUUGAACGGUCUUCGUCUCCUAUUAAUUUCCAGACAAAGUCGAAGGGCCUUCGCUCGAAAUGCCGACGUUUUCCUUGUAUUUCCAGGCAGUUGAAUCGCUAUCCAUCUAUUGUAAAAAGUUUAGUGAAAGCAUGUAGCGCAGGCUAUAGUAAACAUGCAACAAUUGGUAAUCGUUCCAUGUUUCGCGCACCAAUAUAGUAAACGUUAUGUAAUGGAUAUUAUAGUGUACUGAAAAGUUAACUGGAUACCUCCAUACACGUAUAUACAUACCCUAACCCUAUCCCUAACCUUAAACCUAACCCUAACCCCUAACCCUAACCUAACCCUAAUACCUAACCCCUAACCCUAACUUAUAUUGGUGCGCGAAACAUGGAACGAUAACCCAACAAUUGACAUUUCAAGUCAUCAUUUAUAUACAAAACUAUUUCGAGUGGGCGGUGUUAAUAUGGAAUAUUAACUAAGUAGGCGGUAUCAAUUUUACUAGGCCUUUACGGCAGGCGUUCCCUCCCCAAAACGCGGGCAACGCAGGCUACAAAAUACUCGAAGGAACGACAAAAUUCGGCCAAAAUAUAUCCCAGGCAU